AUGACUGGUGGCAAUCCCAACAACAACGCUCCCGAGGGCGACAAGUCUACCGCGCCCAAGGGCAAGGAGACCGUCAAGGCCGAGAACGAGAGCCUCGUGCCCGUGGGUUACGCCGCCCCGGGCGCAAGACCAUUCAACGCCAUGGGCGAUAUCAUCCACGCGCCCGGUAAUGAGCAUCUUCUCGGUACUCGGCAGGCCGAAGCUGCCAGCAAUCGGGCUUCUGGAAAUGACAGUGGCAAUCCCUUUGCCAACCCCAGAGACCGCCAAGGCCACAACCCGCUCGGCCCCAACAUACAGUUGAGCAGCGCUGGGGGCAUCCGCAAAGGCGGUCCCAUCCGCAAGACCAUCUACACGGAUAUCGGUGCCACGAUGAAGAAUGGUCGCUUGGAAAUGACAGUCCCAGAGAAGUAUCAAAAGUCUUUGGAAUACGAAAAGCAGGGUCUUACCGCGCAGCAGCGGAUGCCAACCACCGGGGACCCCUUCCAGAUCCAUGUCGGCACGAACGCCACCGCCCAUGGCUACACUUAUGGUCGGAAGAUGGAGAACCCCGAAAGCCCGCUCAAGGACCGCGGUGACUUAUACGGCUGUCCCAAGUGCUCAACAACCACCCACACAUAUGAUCAGUGUUGUCAGUCGCGAGCCCAGAGAGGUGAGGCGCCUUCUUUGGAUGAGUAUUUCCAGUUGCUGGUCGUGAAUCGUCGAGGUUUGGCCCAAAUCCGCACAAACAUUGACAUCUUCAUUCUCGCUUUGGGUUUUGUCGACCAGAACGAGAGUUUUGCGAGGAAGCAAGCCUACCCCUUGUCGCUGAGUAUGAGCAAGGCCCUGGCGCACCAUAAGGCCUCACAGCUGCACUCCGACAAUGCUCCGAACCUCGCCUAUGGCCAGGACGGCAAAUGUACAUCCAUCUGGGAAGACAUCAGAACCCGCAACCUGCAGAACAUCGCCAAGAACGUUACGUUCAAUAUUCCCGAGAACGUGACUCCUCACUAUGCCAAGACGAGCCUUUUUGAAGAGAAUUUCGUCUCCGAUGACAACCUCCGCCGUGGCCUCGACAUGCAGAACUCUACGAACGAGUUAGAGAGGGCGGUGAUUGGAAACACCCGCAACGACCUUCACAGCGGCGAAGCCGAUCGAAAGAGAAUCCAGUGGGCUGUUCAACGCGUCUCCACCAAGUACAUCCCGGAGUUCACCAAGAUUGAUUUCAAGUGGGGUACUCAGCUACUUCUCGCGUUUACGCUGUAUGAGCCCGAGGGUGCUAAAUAUGCUGAGGGGUUCUUGAAAGCUGCCAUCCGGGAGAAGCAUGCGAUCGAUGCUGCUACGGGUGCCACAGCUUAA